GACUGUCAGUUUAAAAGUGCACAAAGAUUUCUUGAAACUACAAAGAAAACAUUUUAUUAAAAAUUUGAUACACAAUCCAUCCACAACUUUCAUGCAUAACGUAUACAAUCUUGCCACCUUGCAAAAUUAAUGAUUAUAUAUAGUGGCUACAUUAAACUUAAACUAUCUGGCAGCACCGGAUAAGCAGCACAUUUUGAGGUUUACGCAAUUUUUUCAACUCCAAUAAAAUUAUAAAAAUAGAUCGGCUCUUAAAUUAUUUAGGCAAUCGUAAACUCUUAAUAAAAUGAUGUCCCAGGCAUUUGCAUCUGCUGUUAGCCGGACUGGAGUUGUAUUACGUUGGAACCGGCGUAGCUUGAGCACGGCGAGAAUUCUGCGUAGUGUCACACGUCAACGCUUGGCAACCAGUACAGCAUUUAUUAAGAGCUGCCAAAGUGGAAAUUAUAUCCCUGCCUCUACGUUCCAUCUGCAGCAAUAUGUGAGGCAGUACGCUAAUGAAAAAAAAGUGUUUGAACGCACUAAACCUCAUUGUAAUGUGGGAACCAUUGGUCAUGUGGAUCACGGCAAAACUACCCUGACGGCAGCUAUAACGAAAGUAUUAGCUGAUAAGCAGUUAGCAGAGAGCAAAAAAUACAAUGAGAUCGACAACGCACCUGAGGAGAAAGCUCGUGGCAUAACCAUUAAUGUGGCGCACGUUGAGUAUCAGACAGAGACUCGUCACUACGGCCACACUGAUUGUCCCGGACAUGCGGAUUAUAUCAAGAAUAUGAUAACAGGCACCGCACAAAUGGAUGGCGCUAUAUUAGUAGUGGCCGCCACAGAUGGCGCUAUGCCGCAAACACGUGAGCAUAUGUUGCUGGCUAAGCAAAUUGGCAUCGACCAUAUUGUUGUGUUUAUCAACAAAGUCGAUGCAGCCGACCAAGAAAUGGUGGAGCUUGUCGAAAUGGAAAUUCGUGAACUUCUUACCGAAAUGGGUUACGAUGGCGAUAAAAUUCCAGUAGUAAAGGGGUCAGCAUUAUGUGCUCUUGAGGACAAGAAUCCCGAAAUUGGCUCUGAGGCUAUACUUAAAUUGCUUGAAGAGGUAGAUAAUUUCAUUCCCACGCCAGUGCGAGAGUUGGAUAAGCCAUUCCUUUUGCCUGUGGAAAAUGUAUAUUCUAUUCCUGGACGUGGCACAGUUGUUACGGGUCGUCUCGAGCGCGGAGUCGUUAAAAAGGGAAUGGAGUGUGAAUUUGUGGGUUACAACAAGGUUCUAAAGUCUACAGUCACCGGAGUAGAGAUGUUCCAUCAGAUUCUUGAAGAGGCACAAGCCGGAGAUCAGCUAGGUGCUUUAGUGCGGGGUGUAAAGCGAGAUGAUAUAAAACGCGGAAUGGUCAUGUGCAAACCCGGAAGCGUCAAAGCUCUAGAUCAGCUGGAGGCCCAAGUGUAUAUACUGUCCAAAGAGGAAGGCGGUAGGACCAAACCGUUCAUGUCGUUCAUUCAGCUUCAGAUGUUUUCUCGUACGUGGGAUUGUGCUGUGCAAGUGCAAAUCCCGGAUAAGGAGAUGGUUAUGCCUGGCGAGGACACGAAACUUAUAUUGCGUCUCAUUCGUCCAAUGGUCUUGGAACAGGGUCAGCGUUUUACACUUCGUGAUGGCAAUUUAACAUUGGGCACGGGCGUUGUUACAAAUGUUAUGCCGGCCCUUACAGAAAGUCAACGUUCUGAGCUAACAGAGGGUAAAAAGGCGCGUGAGAAAAAGGUCGCUGCCAAAAAAUAAAAUUUUGUAUUCAUCAAAUGCUUUUUUAAAAGUCAAUCGUAUACAAAUAAAUCUAUUAUUAAUUUAAUUACGUUUUAUAUAUAUUAAGUAAAUUUUUUCUCCAGCUUU